AUGGGGCUGGGCGCGCGCUCUCCUCGGCGGGCCGGGCGCCACGUCCGGGCCGGCGGCAGGCGGGGGCGCGCGGGCCGGGGCUCGGGGCGCCCGCCGCCGCCCCCGCGCCAGCCUCGCGAGCGGCCUGCCGACGCUCCCGCGCGCCUGAGCCCCGAGGCGCUGGGCUAUUUCCGACGCGCGCUGUCCGCGCUGAGGGAGGCGCCGGAGGCUGGGGAAGAACGAGAGUUGAUGGUGCACAAUAUUUUGAAGGAAGUGGAGUCUCAAGCUCUAGCUUUGGCCACCAACAGGACUGGCAGUGAAAUGCUACAGGAGUUGUUGGAGUUCAGUCCUUCGAAAUCGCUAUGCCGAGUAUGGGCUGCUCUGCGCUCCGACUUGCGCUCCGUGGCCUGUCAUCGAUGUGGGGUGCAUGUAUUGCAAAGUGCUUUGCUGCAGUUGCCUCGAUUGCUGGGAAGUCCUGCAGAGGAGGAGGAGGAAGAAGAAGAUGGGAAGGAUGGUCCCUCCGAGACCGUGGAGGAGCUAGUCCUGGGACUAGCUUCUGAACUGUGUGGUGAUUUUCUUUUCUACUGUGGAAACACACAUGGUAGCUUCGUGGUCAGAACUCUGUUGCAGGUGUUAGGAGGGACACUUCUGGAGUCUGAGAAAGCCAGGCCUCGUGGCUCCCAAUCAUUUGAAGCACAAAGAGCCACAGCUCGGGAAUGUAAGCCAACUGAUUUUGAGGUCCCUGAAUCCUUCUUGAAUUGUAUUCAGGACUUGAGCUCCUGUUUUCUAAAGAACAUUGCUGUGUUUAUCACUGACAAGAUCUCCAGCUUCUGUCUUCAAGUGGCCUUACAGGUGUUACACCACAAACUGCCUCAAUUUUGUGCGCAUCUCUGUAGUGCUGUGAUUGGUUACCUGAGUACUUGCAAUUCGUCAGCAGAUGGCAGUCCUCUACUACUAUUUCUGCGGGAUCAGACGAGCUCCAGACUCUUGGAACAAGUGCUGCUGGUAUUGGAGCCCCCAAGGCUCCAAUGCCUGUUUGAGGAUCACUUCCAGGGUCAGCUGCAGACCUUGGCUGCACAUCCCAUUGCUAAUUUCCCUUUGCAGCGCUUAUUGAAUGCAAUCACUACCCCUGAGCUGCUUUCCCCUGUGUUUGAGGAGCUGAGCCCUGCCCUGGAAGCUAUACUGGCUCAGGGCCACACAGGAGUCGUCGUUGCCCUCGUGGAGGCCUGCCGCAGAGUUGGGGUUCAUCAAGCCCAGGUCUUACAGCUGUUGUUGGAGGCAUUCCAUUGUGCAGAGCCCUCAUCCCGACAAGUAGCCUGUGUGCCUCUCUUUGCCACUUUGAUGGCUUAUGAGGUGUACUAUGAACUACUGGAGGAGGACGGCGCAGUGCCUGCGGAGCACCAGGUGGAAACGGCCUCAGCCAGAGCUCUCGGGGAAGUAACAGUACUUGGGUCUCUACUGCUCCAGCAUCUGCUAUACUUCUCCAACCCAGGUCUUGUGCUUCGAAGUAUGAGUGCCUUGUCAGGACCACAACUUGUAGCUCUGGCCCAGAGCCCUGCUGGCUCUCAUGUACUUGAUGCCAUCCUGACUAGUCCCUCUGUGACACACAAGCAGCGUCGCCGUGUACUGAGGACCCUAAAGGGACAAUAUGUGGCUCUGGCCUGUAGCCGCCAUGGCAGCCGUGUACUAGAUGCCAUCUGGAGUGGAGCAGCUUUGGGGGCCCGGAAGGAAAUUGCUGCUGAGUUGGGGGAGCAGAGCCAGGAGCUGAUAAAAGAUCCUUUUGGCCACCAUGUAGCUCGGAAUGUGGCCCUGACUACCUUCCUGAAACGACGAGAGGCUUGGGAACAGCAGCAGAGUGCAGUGGCGAAGCGGAGGCGGGCACUGAACUCAAUACUUGAAGCCUGAGGCUUUGGGACCUGGGAAUGGAUGCUGAUGGGGAGGGUGAAAGGAAGUACCUGUACCACCCCUUCCUUGUGUGAAAUGGAGACAAGAAAUCUUACUGGAUCAGAUGUGACACACACCUGUAAUCUCAGCACUCAAGAGGCUGAGGCAGGACUCAAGAAUUCAGGGCCAUGCUGGCCUAUAUAGCCUGACGCUCCAUUUGUGACCCCCACCAAAGUCAAAUUGUAAACAUUUCUAUUUUUUUUUUUUUUAUUGGAAACAUUUCUGGUUUUUUCUUUCUUUUUUUUUUUAGAAAGGUCUGAAGCAACAGAGAUCUCAAGGUGGGAUGAGAGAGGGUUGAUCUUGGGGGUAGGAGGAGUUGGUAAGGAUGUAGGUGUGGCAGCCAUCAAGUAGACUCGGGAUGGUGGAGGGCAGGUCUGUAAGUGGAAGGCAGGAAAUGUGCUGCAUUCUUCAGGAGGAGACCGGCUAGAGGAGAAAGGCAGGUGAGUGUGUAGGUUGCAUUGUAUGCAGGUUCCAAAUCGUGGUGCUUUGGUCACAGCCCUCACAUGUCUCUUGGAGCGAGUCUGGCACAGAAGCUUGGAGCUCUUUCUCAGUAGGAAUGGAGGCCACUCUGCUGCUGCUGCCAUUGCUCAGUCCCAACUACUAUGUGGCGAAGAGUAGAGGAAAUUCCUAGCAACAUGUGACCCAGACCUUGCAGCAGUGAGGAGGUCCAGCGAAGGACCUCCCUGAAAGGCAGAACAAGGGGAAAUCAGAUGAUUAGGGUACCCCAAGAGGACGCCCUGAGUUAGAUUCAGGGGAGGGGUUAACAAGGGAGCACAUUGAAAUAAUUGGGUAUGGGAGAUGGAAUUUGGGAGACGAUCCAACUUUUAAGGAUGGGGUUGAUGACAUGUCAUUUCUGACCUGAGGACUUUCUUGGGGCCAACUCCUUGGAAGUCACAACUCAUGGAGUAGAGCCCGUAGAAUGUGGCCUUGAUGUUCAAGCUGCCAAAGAGGUCUCGAGGGUUUUGCUUAUACACGUCAAAGGUGAUGCGGGCGAUGUCCUUGCUGUGCUUUGGCUUCUUUCGGCCCAGGCCAUAUGACAGCAUCCCACUCUGUAGGGCACCUCCAUCAUUGCAGUGGCCCCUGACACCACUGACCCGAUGAGGUCGGAUCAGCCCCUCCUCCCUUGUAUUUGAUGUUCUUGAAGAUUCCACAGAUCUCCCAGUGCCUCUGCUCCCAAGAUCAUAUAGAAGCUUGCAGAAACUAGAAAGGACUGUUACCUUAGGCAGCCUCUACACAGGCCUUACCCUGGGGUUCCAGCUCUGUCCCUGCUCCAGCACCAUCAAGCAUGUGUCGUCCUCCAACAGCUGGAAGAAGUCCUCAGUCUCCACAGCAGUCCCGUCCUCCUCCAGGACCAGCGUUAGCACUCCACUCAGCAGCAAGGUCUCCAGUGCCUGCCCAGCAGCAAGAAGCAGGAGGGAAGGGGCAGGUCUAACCUAUGCCCACCUGCCCUUUAGUUUCACAGUAUCACCUAUGUGCCUUAGACACUGGUUGAUAUUCCCAGUUCUAUUUCUUGCUCCUGUGCCAUUCUUCUAUUUUGGAGACACAAUCUCACUUUGUAGCUCAGGCUAAACUAGUGAUUGCUACAUAUCCAAGCUGGUUUCAAACUCCCAUUAGGGUUGCUGUGAGUUUGAGGCUAGCCUGGUACUAACUAGAGUGAGUUCCAGGUGAACCAGGGCUAGUGAGACCCUACCUUAAAAAAAAAAAGCCCCCAAAGGCAGAAA